CAUUUGCGCCAUCCAUUUUCUAGCUCACCACGCAAAAAUGAAUCUAGAAGGAAAAUUCAGACCAUAACUGUUCUGCACCGCAGCUCCAUUUGCUAUGUUGUCCUCCUGUCUGUGUUCUUGAUCCUCCUUUUCCAAUCCACUGUAUUUGGGCUCUGUCUUCGUCGCUGUCCGUUCGCUUUUGUGAUACCAUCCGCGUGUCUGUUUUAUGUACAUUUGCGGAAAAGAAAACUAUCAUUAGCAACCUUAUUUAUUAUACGAUAAUAUAUUCUCUUGAAAUGGCGCACACUCUCUCCUUCAUAGCGAUCCUGUUCGCAUUCUUAUCUCUCACCAGCCUCACAUUCGCCCAAUCGUUAACAACUUCUGCUACCUCGACCUCCACAGCUACAGCAGCAAUUGUGCCAAGUGCAUCCUCCUACACUUACAUUGGUUGUUACAAUGAGACGAGCAAUACGAAUAGUACCGGGGGACUAAGAGCUCUUAAUGGUGGUGUGACUGAAGCUUUGGAUGUAAUGACCGUACCACUGUGUAUGGCAUUUUGUAAAUCAAAUGGUUAUGUUUAUGCUGGGAUUGAAUAUACCAGGUUCGUACCACCCAUUCAUUUUCCCUCAAUUAUUCAUCCGAAAGUCCAAUUGGGGAACAAAUCUAAUAAUCGCAUCAGAGAAUGCUACUGUGCUCAAUAUCUCUCGGCUCUCGCGCCCAAAGUAGAUGAUUCUCAUUGUAAUCUCCCGUGUGAAGGAAACUCGAGCCAGAUAUGUGGUGGUUCGUGGACGCUAUCGGUGUAUUUGCGAGAUAAUAAUAAAAAGGGAGCUGCGAGUGGUGGAAGGGCGGAAUUGAUUGGGAGACAGGCGGUUUUGGCGUUGGGGAUUGCGUUUGUGGGUUUAUUGAUUAUGUGUUGAAGGAGCACGACGAUUGGGAGGAUGGAUAUGGAAACGGAAAUAUGAAUGUGAAUGGAAAGUGAUUGGAUACUCAAUGGUACAUGAGAGCAGGAACACAUAUGCAUGAUUAAUGAACAGAUACUAUAUAGACUAAUAAGGAACUCUACACAGAAAGUGAUUUUGGAAGCAAA